AUGCAGGUGACCUUGGAGCAGCACGGAGAGGACAGUGAAGAUCCACCCAUGGCUGGUGUCCUGUGCACAGAUUCACAAGGACUUAAUCUGGGCUGCUGUGGGACCCUGUCAGAUAGGUAUGCUGGGGUGAUACCUGUUCUAGCCCAGCAAGCAACUAAGCUAAACUCAGACCCCACCGACACUCCUGUGGGCUGUCUAGAAUCAGAUAAUGGGACUGUUAUGAUCCAGAGACAUGAUGGCAUCACUUUGGCAGUGAACAAAAUGGCCUCGUGA